UACAGAGUUUUAUAAUUUUAUUAUGUAUGCAACAUGCAUGUAAUUCAAUACACAAAAAUGCUAUCAUCUUGAUAAUAUUGGAAAGCACUAAUCUUUCAUAUUACUGCUUUUUCUUUUAAAAGACCCUCUCCAGUCAUCCAGCGUCCUGAAGUCCCAACUGUCUCUAUUUGAAUUCACUAGCUGCUCAGUACCGUUUGAAUACCUUUUCUGUGUUCAUGGAAUUCCUGACCUUAUGAAUCUCAGACCCUUAACAUUUAGCCUGAAAUUUCCAGCUCUUUUGCAGGUAGGGUAUAGGUAUGUGACCUUUCCCUAAUCAGACACAUCCAUGGGCAACUGUGAUUUGAAAACACAUAAAGUGAAGGAGCAUGUGAUAUAGGGUGGCAGCAGAAACAUCCCAAUUUUAGAACCUCAGAAGAGAUUCUAGUUUCCAAUUCCCAAUGUUCGCAGUGAAUUUAUGGUAUCUCUGCCCAGAGAUGACAACAGUUAAGGGCUCACUGGAGUAGUUCUACAAUUAAACUUGGGUGUAGUUUCUAACUGUAUAGAAUGAGUCAGGAAAUCUGACAUUUGACUAACAGGCAUUCCAGAAAAAGAAAAAUAUUAAAGGGAGGAAAAAUAUGAAAAUAACAAAAGAAAAAUUUCCAGCACUAAAAGACAAGAGUUUUUGGAUAAAAGGCCUUUGGAAUACCCAGUACAAUAAAUGUAAAAGUAUUCCACUAUUGUACAUCAUCAACUUUCAGAAUUCCAUGAACAAACAGAAGAUUCUAAAAACUUUUAGAGGUCAUAAAGAGUCAUAUACAAAAGAUCAGAAUCAGAAUAACAUCGGAUAUCAACAGCAAUGUUGAAAAUUCAAAAUCAAUAAAAUAACACCUUCAAAUUCUGAAGAAAACUAAUAUUCAACCUGAAAUUUUCUACCCUGUUAAAUUAAUCAACCAAGGGUGACACUAGAAUAAAACUAUCAGAUAUGCAAGGUCUCAAAAUUUUACUAUUUAUGCACUUUUUCUUAGGAAGCCACUAACGAAUGUACACUACCAAAACAAGCGAGUAUAUCAAGACAAAUGACAUAGGUUCCAAGAAACAGAGGGUCUAACACGGAAAGAUGAAGGGAAAUCCCAAGAUAGUAACUCAAUAAAAUUCCAGACAAUAACCAUGUAGCAACAGUCCAGAUUAAUAUGGGAUGAUGGAUGACUUUGGGAGACAGAUCUCUGAUUAAAAUUAGUGCACCUGAUACUAAUUUAUAGAUUUCUGAUACUCUCGAUCAUGUGGACAAUAAGAUGAGAAAGGACUUUAUAGUUGUUAAUAUAGAAGAAAUGAAAGAAAUAAAAUUUAAGAAAACUACUGAGCUGGGAAAAUCCAACAAAGGGAAAGUGGUACAAGAAGGUAACUUCUGUUUUAUGUUAUUAAAAGUUUUAUACACAAUUUGAUUUUUUAAAUUAUGUGCAUUUAUCAUUUGUUUAAAAAUAAAAAUUAAUUUUAAAAACAUUAUGUGGUAGCAGAGACCAUAUUCUUGACCCCAAUAAUUUCAAUGGGGUAAUGGGGACAUGCGGCAUCUUCGAAUUAUCCCAAGUAUCCAAUUUGCCUACUCAUUUAUAACGUAGACUGACCAUAAGCACAUUACAAUAAAGAAACCAAUGUUUUUCCUCUCUCAUUUGGAAUAAUAAGCCACUGAAUGUUCAUUAACAUUAAAGACCAGCAGCCAGAAAACCAGUAAGCACCAUGCAGGGAACUAUAACAUACUUAGCUCUUCAAAUCAUUUCUUGAUUACAGGUAAGUACUAGGCAUCUGGAGACUAGGCUAUAUAAUGGUAGUAACCAUCACUGGUAAUUCUGUAGCAUAAGUAAGAGUUCAAUUUUCCACCAACUUCAAUAAGAAAUCAGAAAGAUUUGUAAAUAAACUAUUUAUUCCUAAAAAGAAAAGCCCCAAAGAGGUUUGUAGUUAAAAUGAAUUUUAAAAAGAGAGGCAGAAAAAAAUGGUGUGCUAGCUUACUUUUCGGAUUUUAGUUGAUGAAAAAGAAAACAAUUAACAUUUACCUUGGGAUAACAUGUACUAGAACAAAUUCUUGUAAGCAUUGCUAUAUGCAACAUUUACAUAACACUGUGCAGAGAUAUUUUACAAGAUGAACAUUUUAAACACAUGACAUUGGUGGAGGUUGCAUGGGAGAAGUAACACUCAUUGCCCCUGCACGUUUUCUGCAAAUCCAGAUUUGCUAUAUUCAGAUUUGCUGUUGUUCUGUCUCUAUAAAUCAGUCCUACCAUAGCCAAGCAGCAAUUAUGGCUACAAUGGCUGCUGAAUGCCCUUGUGUGCAUUCAGCCAUCUUUACAUUUCCUCACAGUAAGGGAUGUCACUACAUUUUAAAUUAUUAACAUUAGCAAGGGGAAUAGGGUGUUUCAGAGGACUUGUAACAGUACAUAAACAAUGACAUCUGUAAAAAGGAAAAAUGGGUAACAAAGAACCAGAACAAGAAAAGCUUGCAAAGUACCCAUAAGGAUAACAGCAGGAAUGUAUCUGAAAAUAUGGCCUCAUUUCCAUAAUAAGCUACUCUAAUGUUUUCUGUUACAAUGAGGGCUUUACCUUAAAAGAUCCUACCAAAGAAAGAAAGAAGAAAAUAAAGUACUAGCAUAGAUUGUAGUUGAAGUAAAGAAAGUCAAAUGGAAGAAAUUAAAUGUAAGAAUUGCCUUUUUUGGGUUAUAUUCAUAUAUACCUUAAUAAAGCUUUUUUUCACAGCCCUCUCCCAGUCCUCUUUCCUGUCUUCAAAAUAGUUUGGUGGUCUACAAGUUCUAAAAGCUGGUAUUUCUAGCAUAUGCAUUACAUAUAUAUAUAUAUAUACACACACACACACACACACAUACAUAUAUGUAUGUAUGUAUACAGAUAAAAUCUGUAGUCUUCUUAACUGAGCUUACAAACUUCAAGAUAUUCUGUUGAAGGGAAACAGAAUGCUUAUGUCCUGGAUAAAAUCCAAUCUCUCAAACUGAGUGAGAAGAAUUUGAGAUAAGGAAUUAACUUGCCAAAGAAAACAGAGAGAAAAGAUGUCUUGUGUUCUGCCAAAUAGAGGAUAUGCUAUCAAGAAUGAAAGAAAGAAAGGACUUUCUAAAACUUUUGAAACAAAAACAGGGAGUACUGCUUGGUCUCAGGAUGAGCAUGAAAAAAAAUAGAAUCCUUUAUAUAUGAUAAGGGGGGAAUCCCCCCCAAAUAUUGCUUGUUCACAGGCUUAAAUGAGUAAGGAAGUCAUAUUUCCAGAGAAAUGUUCAUGCUUACAUUUUCCACAUUUUAAGAACAUCAAAGAGUCAGAAAAAGCCCAGUGAAAAACAAAAAUAACAAUGAAAGGUAGAAGACAAGAACUUAAUUGCAAUUUUGUGGACAAAGUACUAUAUUAAAAAUUUGGAGAAAAAUUAAAGGUUGGACCUGAGGAAAAAAGUCACUGUGGUCAUAAUUUUCCAUCUCCAAGUCUAAAUAAAACAGAACAAGGGCAAAUAGUAAAAAAAAAAAAAAAAUACAUUUAGAUAAGUCAUAAAAUUUCCUUAAAGAAAAGAAAAUCAAUAAAACAACAGUCUAGGCUAGUAAGAGGUUUUUGAAAUGAUUUGAAUUAAAUAAUUCUCAGAAUGAGAUAAGAUUCUUCAAUGCGGUUACUGUCCAUUUACCUAUCAUCUCAUGGCUUUUUUUUUUCACAGCCCUCUCCCACUACUCUUUCCUAUCUUCAAAAGAGCUUGGUGGUCUACAAGUUCUAAAAGCUGGUAUUUCUAGCAUAAAAUUUGCUGUUCUUCAGUUUUUAUUAAUUAGAAGCUAACAGAAUUCUCUCUCUAGAUUUACAGUUUUAAAAAGUUUUAUUUUGGCACACUGGGAUAUAUGUAGCCUAUUUGGCAUAAUAUAUGGCCUAAUCAGAAAUUCUGCUAUCAAUUUCUCCACUGUAUUUUUGAAAAAUUAUGUACAAUUAUAAAUUUGAAGGACAUUUUUUCAAGAGUCAGACUUAGAACAAAGGUAAGAAUACAUAUAUCAAGUCUUGAUUCCUUAGCUUAGGGAAAUCAGAACAGAUCAUAGGCAAGGACUGAUAGUGGCAGACAACUAAUACUUGAGUGACCACUAUGUAUCAGGUCCUUUACAAGUGAUAUCUUUUAAAAAAUAUCUCAUAAUAUUUUAGUUUUUAAAAAAUUUAAUAGACACCGUAAUCGUACCUAUUUAUGGGGGUACAUAGUAAUGUUGCAACACAUAAAACGUACAGUGAUUAGAUCAGGGUAAUUAGCAUAUCCAUCACCUCAAAAACUUUUAAUGUCUUUGUUUUGGGAACAUUCAAUAUCCUUCUAGCUAUUUGAAACUAUACAGUAUUGUUAACUGCAGUCAUCCUACAGUGCUACAAAACACUAGAACUUAUACCUCCUAUCUAGUUGUAAUUUUGUAUUUCACAACUUUGAAGUAGGUGUAAUCACCCCCAUUUAGACUGUACCUGUAUGACACAAAUUACUUUCAUUUUACAGAUGAGAAAACUGAGACCCAGAGAAGUAACUUGUCCAAAGUCCGUAAGGUUGUAAGACUCACAACAAGAACUAAAACUUGGGCCUAUUUCAAUCUUAUACUUCUGGUACUAUACUUGUUCAAAGGUUUGAAAAGAAGAGCUGUGAUUUUUAUUAUUUCUCAAGAAUUUGUAAUGCUUUCUGUUGUCACUGUGCUUUCGACUUACAGGAGUUGCGUUUUUGGUAAAAGACAAACUGAUUUAGCUUCUAUGUUUGUUAGAUCUGUAAUUCAGAGGCAACGCCAGGCUUAUAUUUCUACUACAGCUUCCAAACCUACUGACUUUAUAAAUAGUCCUGUUGCUUUUUUAAUUCACUUUUUACCCUAAUAUUUUUAAUCAAGUUUAACUUUGAAAUCUCCAUCUUUUAUGUGGGAACUCCCAAGGCUAUCCACUCUCAUUUCCCUUUGUAAAUUUAUUCUUCAGCCAAUUUCAUUAAGGGCAGCUUUAACAUUUUAUAGUAUUUUCAAAGAGCAUUGAUAAUGGCUUAUCAGUCUGGUAAGUACAUUAGACAUUUCUAUUGGGAGCUAUCAGAGAUGUUUAACAUCCAACAAUUUUACCACAGUGUAAUUGUUACAGAUGUCUUAAGUUUAACGUAUAACUUUUUAAUUGAAAUUUAGCAAUUAGCAGAUAUGAAUUUAUGCAACAAGUGUUAAUGUGUUUAACGUGGAGAACAGUGAGAGGCAUAUCUGACAACUCACUGCAGUCUGCAUCAUCUCUGUAUUAGAAAAUUUCGUUUCAACCGUUUAGUAUUUAACUUACAGAACAAAGGGAGUUAUGUUAGAUAACUUGUAAUAUCCUAGGAUAUUUUCCAAUUCACGAUAUAGGGAGAAAAAACUGUCCAGAGCCCUUAGAAGAACAUACUUUGAAUUUAAAUGUGACACAUACAUUGAACCCACGUGACACGCCAGGCAGGCGGUGGAAGUCAAGUGCAUUUGUAUUUGUUACAUCCAUCAGACAGAUCUCUUUCACAAUGAUGGGAGAGGCCUGUUUGUUCUUCCACUCCCACAGCUGAAGUUUGGGACAAAGUUUGAGAAAAUCCCAGGCACCUGCGGCUCCUAUGGAAGCCGGCACAGGGCAGAGCGCAUCUUCCCAGGUUUCAGUGUUCUGAUCGCAAGGGAGCGCUGGAGAAAUACGAGCUAUUCCAAGGAGGGGCCCUGGGUCCUCACAGACACUUCGUAAAGGUGUGCGUCCGGCCAAGGAAGGCUGGCGGCACAGCGGCGGCGGCAAAUCUCCACACAUUCUCUCUUCAAGCAGUAGUAGCUGAGUCCGGGAACCCAACCGACGAGCCGAGACGCCAGAGGCCAGAGAACGAAGUCGGAAGCCCACGCCCGGAGCCAACCGGGAUCCUAUUUAGCUCCGCGCGGUCCCGGCCUCGGCCGGAAGUGGGUGUGGCCUCGGGCCGGCGCGGCGAGGCCCGCUGCCGAGUGGGGGGUUCCUCCCGGGCCCCGGCCGCGCGUUUCCGGCGCGCUCCCCCGCGCCCUCCGUCCUGUGGUCUCGCCCGCCCCUGCUGCCAUGUUGGAUUGUGCGGCCGCAGCCGCCGCUGCGGGAAGGUUGGGGGAGGAGUUGGGAGUUUAGCGCAGUCGCCGGAGUGCGAGGACAACGACCAUCCGGCCCUCUCCUGACCGGGCGGGAGCUGGGAGCUCCCUUCUCUCAGCGCGGCCCGAAGGUGGCUCGCUGUCAGCGCCUGCGUCCCUCGACCUCCUCCUCCUCUUCCCCGCGCCGGAGGAGCUGCGAGAUGCGGCGCGUCUGACUCCGCUCCUCCCCGCCCCUGUCACUGCGAGGGGGAACGAGCUCUCGUCCACUCGCCGGAGGAGACGGCCCUGGACUCCCAGCCCCGCCGGCGAAACCAUGAGCUCCGUCCAGCAGCAGCCGCCACCGCCGCGGAGGGUCACCAACGUGGGGUCCUUGCUGCUCACCCCGCAGGAGAACGAGUCCCUCUUCACUUUUCUCGGCAAGAAAUGUGUGACUAUGUCUUCAGCAGUGGUGCAGUUAUAUGCAGCAGAUCGGAACUGUAUGUGGUCAAAGAAGUGCAGUGGUGUUGCUUGUCUCGUUAAGGACAAUCCACAGAGAUCUUAUUUUUUAAGAAUAUUUGACAUUAAGGAUGGGAAACUAUUGUGGGAACAAGAGCUAUACAAUAACUUUGUAUAUAAUAGUCCUAGAGGAUAUUUUCAUACCUUUGCUGGAGAUACUUGUCAAGUUGCUCUUAAUUUUGCCAAUGAAGAAGAAGCAAAAAAAUUCCGAAAAGCAGUUACAGACCUGUUGGGCCGCCGACAAAGGAAAUCUGAGAAAAGACGAGACCCCCCAAAUGGUCCUAAUCUACCCAUGGCUACAGUUGACAUAAAAAAUCCGGAAAUCACAACAAAUAGAUUUUAUGGUUCACAAGUUAACAACAUCUCCCAUACCAAAGAAAAGAAGAAAGGAAAAGCUAAAAAGAAGAGAUUAACCAAGGCAGAUAUAGGAACACCAAGCAAUUUCCAGCACAUUGGACAUGUUGGUUGGGAUCCAAAUACAGGCUUUGAUUUGAAUAAUUUGGAUCCAGAAUUGAAGAAUCUUUUCGAUAUGUGUGGAAUCUCAGAGGCACAACUUAAAGACAGAGAAACAUCAAAAGUUAUAUAUGACUUUAUUGAAAAAACAGGAGGCGUUGAAGCUGUUAAAAAUGAACUACGAAGGCAAGCACCACCACCGCCACCACCAUCAAGGGGAGGGCCACCGCCUCCCCCUCCCCCUCCACACAACUCAGGUCCUCCUCCUCCUCCUGCCAGGGGAAGAGGCGCUCCUCCUCCACCACCUUCAAGAGCUCCCACAGCUGCACCUCCACCACCGCCUCCUUCCAGGCCAAGUGUAGCAGUCCCUCCACCACCGCCAAAUAGGAUGUACCCUCCUCCACCUCCAGCCCUUCCCUCCUCAGCACCUUCAGGGCCUCCACCACCACCUCCAUCUGUGUUGGGGGUAGGGCCAGUGGCACCACCCCCACCACCUCCACCUCCACCUCCACCUGGGCCACCGCCCCUCGCUGGCCUUGGUCUGUCUUCUGACGGGGACCAUCAGGUUCCAACUACUGCAGGAAACAAAGCAGCUCUUUUAGAUCAAAUUAGAGAGGGUGCUCAGCUAAAAAAAGUGGAGCAGAACAGUCGGCCAGUGUCCUGCUCUGGACGAGAUGCACUGUUAGACCAGAUACGACAGGGUAUCCAACUAAAGUCUGUGUCUGAUGGCCAAGAGUCUACACCACCAACACCUGCACCCACUUCAGGAAUUGUGGGUGCAUUAAUGGAAGUGAUGCAGAAAAGGAGCAAAGCCAUUCAUUCUUCAGAUGAAGAUGAAGAUGAAGAUGAUGAAGAAGAUUUUGAGGAUGAUGAUGAGUGGGAAGACUGAUCUAUAUAUUAUAUAUAUAUAUAUAUAUUUUUAAGGUGAAAUACUAAACACUACUUUCUUUCUGUGGAUUCUGUAAAAUUAUCAUGUAAAUGUUCUACCAAUUUGCUGUAUAUUUUUGUUGCCUUUUUUGCUUUUUUUUUUAAUUAAUCUGUGCAAUACCUCAUUUAAUCUGUAAAGGUUUGUCAUAAUCCUCUACAAAGCUACUCCCUGUUAUUGUGUGCAAGUUUACACCAGGAUGCUCACUUAAUUUGUGAAUAUUUUUCAUUCCAUCAACAAGGGAGUUUAAAUACUAUAUGUGAGACUGACAAAAACCUUAAUGUAAUUUACUUAUAAUGCCAGAAGGAAAACACUAUUUUCAUACCCUACUUUUUCUGUACCUAAAUUUUCUUAAAAAAAAAUCUAGUAUAGCACUACAUUCUUUUUUAAGUGAUGCAAACCUUAGUUUCUUUAGCCCCUUUAUUUUGAAUACAACACUACAUAUGAAUGUUGAAGCUGAUACAUUGCACAGUUCUGUAGACAUCACUAUACUGAUACAGUUUCUCAAAUUUUAGCAAUAUGCUCUACAUAAAAUCACUACAGAGAUGUUAGUGGGGAAGAUGAGUAACACACCUCUUACAGCAAUACUGCCUGUUAUUGGGAUAGCAGUGGUAUUUGCAGGCUGGAAUCAUAAGGAGCCCUUACAUACUUGUUAUUGACUGAGGUUAUUUUGAUGCUGUAGCAAAUGUGGCAGGCUCUUUUUGGCAAAAUUUUUGAAAAUUUUUUUGGUAUUAUUCUGAAGCAAAAUUUAAGUUGAAGUUUGGGGGAUUAGGGAGUACUUUUCAUUCUACAUGAACUGAAGUCAUAUUAUGGUUACUCCAAUAUUUGGUUUAAAAAGCUGUACAAAUUAGAAUAGUACUAAAAUAGUGUGGAAUUUCAGCAUUUUUAUUUUGUACUUUGUGUGGAUUGAGGUAUUCAAAAAUACCAACUAUAAAAAUCUAAUCUGGUUGGCAAAGAUAUGCACUGAAACAUAGGAUCUCGAAUGCAUUUAUUUUGAUAAUUUUUGACAAUUUUUGUCAAAUAGCAAGUGAAGGGUUACAUUUUUUUAAGAAGAUUAGUGAUCCCAGUGUCAAAUUUCUUAAAACACAUAACUGAGUGAUAGAUUCUUUUUAAAGAUAAAACUUUACAACCUGCACAUUUGUUAUGUAUACUAAAUGGUAUGUUAAAAUUAGGGUUUCUUUGCCUUGCUGCAAUACACUAAUCUGCCUAAAGGUGGUUUUUUCAUAUUUAUAAUGCUAAUUAUCAUACCUACCUACUUUAAAUUUUAGGUAGAAAAUUAUCUGAUUUAAAUACAGACACAUAUUUUUCUCACAUUGAGUCAUACGCAUAAUGUAGUUCCAAAUGUAUUUCAUUACUAUAGUCACAAUAUCCAACUAAAAAUUAUGCUAUCUAGAAUUGUACCGACCAAAAUCUAGUAUUGGCAGAUCUUGACAGGCUGGACCUGCAAGAUGUGGCUUGAAUUUUAACCAUUUAUUACAUAAUCUAUAGUGAUCAUGCAUCUAGUUAUCAUAAGAAAUAAUUUAAAAGGGUUUUGUUGCUGAAAGCAGUAAGUGGUGCAGUAAAAUAGUUAAGUUAUUCAAAGAAUGUAAUCUUUCUUGCAAGAGUAAUUUAAGCACAUGGGAAAGAUUCUAGACUUUUUGUUUCUUGCAACAACAGUGCCCUCUGCUGCUAGAAACCUUUUUCUACUACUAUCAUUUUUGUUGUGGCUUGAGCUCAAUGAAUCUGGUGCAGAUGAGGCUGAACAACUACUAACCAAUAAAAUCAGGAAUUUGUACAAAAGUUAAAUGGGACAUUAUAAUUAUUUUAAAUAAUGUUAAUUUUUUUUCUUUUUGACGAUAUAAAAACAUUUUAAAUUUUCUAGAAAUGUCUUCAAGGUAAUGCCAAUUUAAGAUCUCUCUUAACUUUUGGCAAGGAAUUCUAGAUUUUCAAGCUAACUUUGGUAUAAUAAAUAUUUAUCAGGAACUUGUCUUAGCAGAGAGUAUCCAUUCUUUGAAGUCGAAGCACAAUUUUAAACAUGUAAGAUGGACAUAUAAUUUGCCAAAGGUAAUUGAAUUUAUUCUUUUUUUCUUAAAGAAAAUAAAAGACUUUGGUUGUUGUUGCACAAAGUCUAAAUUACUAUUGGUUGAAACACAGCAGCUGUGGAGUUCAGUCCAGGCAUGAAGACUAAAUCUGCUUUACCAAGUAAGGUGUAAGGUUGCAUGUUUCAGUCCUCUACCAUCUUGCACUGUGAGCAGCACUAUACCUGUGCGUUGUCUGAAAGCCUCCGUAUAUUCUCCAGCUAUAUGGUUGUCUGGUAGCCUUUGCAUUUAACAAACUAGCAUGAGGCUUUUUAUAUCUAAAUGCUACGUGAUAGACAAUUUCAGCUAGCCACAUAUUGUAUGUAUGAAAUUCAUAAAGACUUUCAAUCAUUUCAUUUUCAAACAACUGAAAUUUUGUUUAGUAUGUGAAUUUUUUUUUUUUUUUUUGAAAUGUAUAGUGAAUAGGAUGUUGCACUGGUGGCAAUUCAUCAUGGAGCAUAAUAAAAUUAAUUUGACCCAA